CGUUUGGGUCCCGAGUCCUGACAAGAAGACUCCAUGGCUGCCCGAAAACAAGAAGAAGCUGGGAGCCUGAAGUAUCCUGAGGUCGGACACGUAGCGGCUCUGAUUCUGGCAAGAGGCGGAAGCAAAGGCAUCCGGCUGAAGAACAUCAAGCUGCUGGCCGGGGUUCCUCUGAUCUGCUGGGUGCUGAGAGCCGCCAUCGACUCGGAUGUGUUCGACAGUGUUUGGGUGUCAACAGACCACGAUGAGAUUGCAAAAGUUGCAAAAUCCUGGUGGGCCAAAGUCCACCGGAGGAGCGAAAAAGUCUCCAGGGACGACUCCACUUCCUUGGAGACAAUUCAGGAGUUUCUCAGGGAAAAUCCAGAGGUGACAGUGGUCUGUAACAUCCAGGCUACGUCUCCAUGUCUCCAUCCAUCUCACCUAAAGAAUGCCCUGAAGAAGAUCACAGAGGACGGAUACGACUCCAUCUUCUCCGUGGUCCGGAAACGCCAUUUCCGCUGGAAGGAGGUCGAGAACGGAAGUUUCACUGAGCCGGAGAAUCUGAACCCUGCGAAGUGUCCAAGGCGUCAGGACUGGAACGGAGAACUGAUUGAGAACGGUUCAUUGUACUUCGCCAAAAGACGCCUCAUCAUGAAGAAAAGACGGCUGCAGGGCGGUCGGGUCGCCUACGUUGAGAUGAAGCCAGAGCACAGCGUGGACAUCGACAUGGACAUCGACUGGCCUGUGGCAGAGCAGAGAGUACUCAGGUACGGUUACUUUGGCCGGAGAGUAACCGUACACCCCAGACUGAUGUUCUGUGAAAUUUCCGGAUGUUUGACCAAAGGACGGGGCCACUUGUCUGGGUCCCUGGACAGGCCUGGAGUGUCCUUUGCUGGUGGCCCGUGUGACACUGAUUCUGAAGUGUUCUUUGCUAACGUGUCCGACUCUGAAGUGUCCUCUGCUAAGAGCAGAGACACAGAAGGAUUCAGUGUCUCCAUCCACAGCAGAGACACAGAAGGAUUCAGUGUCUCCAUCCACAGCAGAGACAUAGAAGGACUCAGGAAUCUGCAGGAAGACGAUGUGCAGGUGGUGCUGAUGAUCUCCAAGGAGGACGUCGCGCUCCAACAUCCUCUGAAGAUGAUGACGGGCUGGGAAGUGAUGGUAGUCGAAGAGGAUCCACUAAAAGCUGUGCAGUCGAUGGUGGAGAAGAAGAAGCUAAAAUGGAAGAAUGUGGCCUACAUGGGCUGUGAAGCAGCGUCUGCCAGAUGUCUGCAGCUGGCGGGCCUGAGUGCGACUCCAGCGGAUGCCCAUCCCAAAGCCAUCAAAGCCCGCAUGUUUCACUGCAAGCAUGGCGGCGGGGCGGGCGCUGUGUGGGAGUUUGCUGAAUACGUCCUGCUCCGGAAGCAGCAGGCCGUGCCCACGGCCCACUACAACCUGCGGCCACGGCAACAAAGUGGAUCAUGAAGGCAAAAGACGCCAAGAAACAACGUCAGUACUUGUUUAAAAAUUAGAAUAGCUUGGGUUUACCUCGGAUUUUCUCCACAGCAGCCGUUCCUGUUGGUUGUUGACACUAAAAGCCACAUUUUUCUUGUUUCUGCACGUCUUAGUUCAGUUUACUCGUUAGAUUGUUGUUCUAAAUCUGGUGGCUGGUUUUCAUAAAAAAUCCUGAGGCAAUAUGGUGAGAUUACACUUUAAAAUAAUGAGAAUCAAGCUAUAAAUUACUGAAUAAAAAGACAGAUUUCUGAAGUUCUUCCACUAAUUCAUAACAUUUCAUUGUGUUUGUUGUACAUUCGGCUCAUAAACUCUUACCGAUAGUACUGAUUAUGUUUCUGGCGCUUUGCUGCUUUUACUCUGUCCUGAUGAUCGAUCUGAUUUGUUCACCCACAUGCCCUGGACAUAACAUGGUUUUGUACCAAAUUGCAGUUGUUGAUUUCUGUCUGCUCUAAUAUUACUGUAAUAAUAUAUGAUAUAGAUGAAUAAAUACAUCUAUAUUUAUUCAUGUAUAUAACUAUUAUAACACUGACAGGAAAAUUAAAUGUUUGUCAUGGAGUAGCUGCAAUAAACUGAUUAUCAAUAAAAGAUUAAAUGAGAAUAGA